UUGUUUUACAAUUGUAGAUCACAGUGUGUUGUCGUCCAGUCAGAGUGCAGCUCUUAACCCGUAGCUGACCUCUAGGCAGACUACACUCCGGACCUGCAGCUGCAAUCUGACAUUAGUUUUUUCUCACACACUGGGGCUCUUUUUGUUUCACACACGAUGCAGGUUCCCACGUAUCCUCUUCUUCUUCUUCUUCUUCCCCUCUCCCUUCUGCUCCUUCAUUCUGUCGCUCCAGUACACGGAGGCCAUGCUCUGGUUUUUCCGGGAGAGUUCAGCCAUUGGUUGAACAUGCGAAUCAUCAUAGAAGAGUUGGUGAAGAAAAACCACUCGGUCACCAUCCUAGUGCCCGAUGCAUCGCCUACUGUCAACUACAACAACAGCCGCGACGCCGCCAAGUUCAACUUCCUGGUUUUCAAGGUGCCAUACAGCAAGGAGGAAUAUUUGAGCCCCAUUGAGGAAUUCAUCCACUUCUCCAUGCAUGACCCCUCAAUGCUGCAAGUGGCCAUGAAGCUGAUCGACUUCAUGGGGCGGAGCUUGGAUUUCGGGAGGCAGCAGUGUGACGGGAUUCUAAAGAACAAUCAGUUGAUGGCAACUCUGCGGGAUGCCGCUUUCGACGUCGUCCUACUUGACUCCUUGGUAAUGUGUGGCGACCUGGUGGCUGAUGUGCUCGGCGUGCCGCUCGUCAUCUCGCUACGCUUGAGCUUAGGCAGUGUUUUUGAGCGUCACUGUGGCCACGCUGUGUUUCUGCCGUCUUAUGUCCCGGUAGCUCCUGUGCUGUACAACGACCACAUGACGUUCACGGAGAGACUAAUCAACUUGGUGACAUAUGUGGCGUCAUCAGUGCUAACUGAACUGGGCUGGAAGCUGACGAUGGAUAAAUACUACAGUGAGAUCAAAGGAACUCCCACCAGUGUGUGUGAGACUCUGGGGAAGGCUGACGUGUGGCUCAUCAGGACGUUCUGGGACAUCGAUACGCCACGGCCAACCCCACCCAACUUCAAACACGUGGGUGGUCUGAACUGCAGACCAGCCAAUCAGCUGCCAGAGGACCUGGAGGCUUUUGUGCAGAGUUCAGGUGAUGCUGGUGUAGUCGUCGUUUCUUUUGGCUCCAUGGUACCCAAUCUGACGAUGGAGCGCACCAACGUCAUCGCCACCGCCUUAGGACGAAUCCCUCAGAAGGUGAUUUGGCGUCACCGUGGUGAAGCUCCAUCUGCACUUGCGCCAAACAUAAAGAUUUCUGAUUGGAUCCCUCAGAACGAUCUGCUCGGUCACCCGAAGACACGAGCAUUUGUGACUCACGGCGGCACUAACGGUCUGUAUGAAGCUGUGUUUCACGGCGUGCCUCUGGUCGGCUUGCCGGUGUUUGGCGAUCAGUCUUAUAAUCUUAACCGUAUGAGCCACCUCGGCACUGCCAUCGUCCUCGACUUCAACAAAGUGACAGCUGAGGAGCUGGCAGAAGCACUGCAUGCCAUCGUCAACCAGCCAAGCUACAAGACCAGCAUGCAGCGUCUGUCGGCGGUGCACCGCGACCAGCCGGUGACGCCACUGAAUACUGCCGUCUUCUGGUUGGAGUUUGUUAUGCGACAUGGUGGAGCUAGGCAUUUGCGGUUGGCUUCACAUAAUCUGAACUGGUUCCAGUACCACAGCUUGGACACAGGCGCUGUCCUGCUCAUCACUUUGAUGACCGCCGCUGCUUUGUGUUGGGUGGUCAUACGCUGCUUCCUGCAGAAGUGCAGACGACGAGGAGGAAGAGAGAAGGAGGACUGAAGAAAGAUAUUUUUGAAGUGCAUACCUCCACCUUUAUAGGCUCUCUUCCACCUGCUGCCUCCUCUGACUACAGAUCAUGACGUCAUCCGCAAAAACAAUAUUCAACAGAGACUCCCGCCUGAUCUCAUCGGUCAGCCUGUCCAUUAUCACUGCAAAUACAGAAGGGGCUCUGAACAGAUCCCCGAUGUGAUGGGUGUGAUCCCACACCCAUCUUGAACUCAUCUGUCACUCCUACAGCAUGCCUCACCACGGUCUCAUUUUGAAUCUGAAGUCACACAGAGACCAUCAAAAGCUUUUUCUUUACCCAACAAGCAUCAAUAAGAGAUAUUUAGGAGUAAACUGUUUGUAACUUGUCCUUUAAAAUGCACACGCAGAAAGUUGAUGAUUGCCUUCAUGUGCUGAUUAAUGACAGAGUGAAUUAAAGCAGAUAAGGAAAA